UCAUUUGACAGUCGACAGUCAAUGGUGUUUAAUCUUGUAUUACCAUAAAUUUGCAAAAUAUAAUUGAAUUAAAGUUUAAAAUGACGGAAAAUGGGCUCGAUAAUGCGUAAAAAAACUCAGGUGUCAUUCGUAAUCCGAGACGAGGAAGAGAGGAGACACAAAAACGGUGUGAGUUCACUACAACUGGAUCCGAUUCAGGGCAGACUUUAUUCUGCCGGUCGAGAUGGAAUUAUUAGGGUAUGGCAUACGGGUAGUGGGACCCAAGACAGAUACAUCCAGAGCAUGGAACAUCACACUGAUUGGGUAAACGAUAUAGUACUAUGCUGCGGCGGAAAAAAUCUAAUUAGUGCGUCCUCCGACACAACUGUGAAAGUAUGGAAUGCCCCGAAAGGAUUCUGCAUGUCCACUCUAAGGACUCAUAAAGACUACGUACGAACUUUAGCGUAUGCUAAAGAUAAAGAACAAGUCGCUAGUGCCGGUUUAGAUCGAGCAAUAUUUCUAUGGGAUGUAAAUACAUUGACUGCUCUCACAGCUAGCAAUAAUACUGUAACUACGUCUAGUCUAGUUGGAAACAAGGAAUCAAUUUAUAGCCUGGCCAUGAACCCUCCGGGGACCAUUCUCGUUAGUGGUUCUACUGAAAAAGUUCUAAGGGUAUGGGAUCCACGAAAUUGCUCCCGUUUAAUGAAAUUAAAGGGACACGCCGAUAAUGUCAAAGCUCUCGUUGUUAGCAGGGAUGGUACACAGUGCGUUUCGGGUAGCUCCGAUGGAACCAUAAAAUUGUGGUCAUUAUCACAACAGCGAUGUGUUUCUACAAUCAGAGUGCACUCUGAGGCAGUCUGGGCACUAUUAGCCACGGAAACUUUUAGUCAUAUCAUUUCUGGUGGCAGAGAUCGCCUUAUUAUCAUAACGGAACUACGAAACCCUGAUAAUUUCAUGAUAGUCUGUGAAGAGACUGCUCCAAUACUUAAAUUAUGUUUUACUGCUGACCAGCAAGGAGUGUGGGUUUCUACGUCUGAUUCUGACAUACGCUGCUGGAAAUUGCCACCACUAACUGCCCUCAGUACAGAGUACAGCCAAAACAACUAUAACACAAGCAAUGUAUAUCAAACACAGCCAAUACAUCACAUACCAGGUGGCCGAGCAAUAAAACACUACACAGUAUUAAACGACAAGCGACAUAUACUAACAAAGGACACGACGAAUAAUGUCGUUCUUUAUGACGUGUUGAAGGCGAGUAAAGUCGAAGAUUUGGGCGAAAUAGAUUACGACGAAGAAUUGAAGAAGCAUUUCAAAAUGGUUUACGUACCAAAUUGGUUUAACGUCGAUUUAAAAACUGGAAUGUUGACUAUACAUUUAGGGCAGGAUGAAACUGAUUGUUUUAGUGCGUGGGUCAGUGCGAAAGAAGCUGGACUGACAACGGAGAACGAUCAGAAGGUUAAUUUUGGCGCGUUGUUGUUACAAGCCUUGCUAGAAUACUGGAACCAUCCGAAUAGAGUAAAUGAAGCUGGUCAGAAGGUGUUCGGCAAUAAUUUCUUCUCUGUGCCCUUACAUACUCCUCUUAUCUUUAGUGAAGUGGGCGGAAGAACUUUGUAUAGAUUGCAGGUUGGAGAUGCUGGUGGUGAAACGGAAGGCAAUAUCUUAUUGGAAACUGUUCCAUCUUGGGUGGUCGAUGUGGCGAUUGAAAUGGCAGCGCCCAAGUUGAACAAAUUACCAUUCUAUUUGCUCCCACACUCUAGCUGUCAGAGCAAACAGGAUAGACAGAAAAAGGAUCGCCUCGUGGCCAACGAUUUCAUACAAUGCCGCAAAGUUGCCGAACAUGUGGUAGAAAAGAUCAUCGGUGGCGGCGAUGUGAACGGCGCAAGCGCAGCAAAGAGCGAGGAUAGCAACACCGAAGCGCCCGAGGAGAAGGUGGAACUGCUGUGCUGCGAUCAGGUUCUAGAUCCCAACAUGGACCUGCGGACAGUGAGGCACUUUAUAUGGAAGUCGAAUGUGGAGUUCACACUACACUAUCGGAUAAUAAAACAAUGAUCGACAUUUUUUAUUAAAGGACACUUUAAAACGUGCUGCUCUAUCUACAGGUUAUUCCAAUGAAGUGUGUUUAUUGUGAAAAAUAUCGACAUGUGAUAUUGUCUAUAGUGCAUCACUUUUUUGAAAUUUCUGUGCUUAUGACGUUUCUGAGAAUGUUAUUAUUAUUGUUAGGGUGAAGUUACGAUUCAACACAUGUACAAAAUGUCAGAUAUAUGUAUUUGAAUAUAACAUUUCCAUUGUAGUACAGAAAAAAUUAAAGUACCGAGAAGAUAUUUUAAAUUUCGAACAAAUAUGUAUCUAGAAAUUUGGAUAACGGAUCUUAAUUUCAUGGUAAUAAUAAUUAAUGUCUAAUUGUUUAAAACAAGCUGUGCGCCGCGUUAUCAUCCAUGUCGUGAACUAUCCAACACUGAAAGGAUUUUUAGAAUAUGACCAAUCAUUCUUGAAAGAAGCGCGUACAAACAAACAAACUCAUCAGCUUUAUAGCGUAUUAUUAUAUAGAUAACGAACAUUCGACAAAUUAUUAAGAUCAAAAACAUUUUAAAUUUGUAUUAACUAUCAAUGUUUAUAUGAAAUCUCUUAAUACCUUAAAUGGAUUUAUAAAAUUAAUAACAAAUCGCUUGAUUAAUUUUAAUUCCAAUGACUGAUCUUAAAAAAAUACAGAGUAAUAAUGAGUAUGCAUUAAACAAGUAGACAUAUUUUUUAAUGUUUAAAAUAUGUAUAGAUUUCAAUAGUAAAAAUAAAAGGAUAUAAAAAAUUUCCCACACACACAUUUUAAUAAUAAUGAAAGUUAUAAAAAACACUAAAUAGUAUUAUAGCGUCUACAAAAAAUAUAAAUUUCGCUUCCUCAAGAUACUAUCUCUGAUGGACAAAGAAAUAAACGUUAAAUGUGAAUAUUAUAUUGCCCUUAGGUUCACACUUAGAGAUGUUCUAGUAGUUUCGAUAAACAUAGAUUUUGUUCAAGGAAUUCCUUUAAAAUGUAUGUCUUAUACGUGAAUUUCCUCAAUAUACUUUAUAUUAUUUUUUAACAUCAAUUCGGUUUUCAAAACUUACAAUAAAAAAGUAAAUAAGUGAAAUUAUCCAAUGCAUUUCUUCUUAAUGUGACCAGAUGUAACAAAGGCAGUUAAAUAUAUGCAAAAAAUGUCAUGUCUUGAACAAGAGAGGUGUGCAUAUUGUUGUAAACCAGUUAAAACUGAUAUGUGAAGAUGUUAUUUGUCUUGCCUCUAUGUUAUCUCGUUAUGUGUAUACGUAAACAAUACUUAUCUUAGGAAAUAAGUGCAAAAAUAUGUCGGUAAUGUUUGUAUAAAGAACUGCUUGGCGCGGAAUUCCAUUUAAAGUAUUAGUACUGAAUUGUUAAGAAAUAAUUAAUGUCUGCCUACGAACUGAACGCAAUGUUGCCAGCAUCUAGGUGAAUGUGGUUUAUUAGAGACUUGUUGAUAUUUUGAAAUUUUUAAUGAAUUUGAUGGUUUUUGAUAUAUUUGUUUAAAGAAUAAAACAAUGUUGUAAAUAACAAUAGUGAUUAUUUUAAAAUUAAUGAUUGAAUUAGCAUAGAAAUUCUUUCCUUAAAAAUUGAUUAUAGUAUAAUUGAUAUUAAUUAUAUUAUAAUCUCGAAGUGUGAUCAAAAAUAGCUUUUUAACAAUUUUUAUAAAAUAACCACAUCCAUUUAGAUUUAAUACCGUUAAGACAUAAAAAAAUAAUCUUGUCAAUAGCUUAUAUUUAAUGUCAGUUUUCAUGCGUAAAAGGAAAAGUGUAAAGUUCGUAAUAAUAUUUGUGAAUACAGGCGUUAAUGUCCAGCUUUAGAUGUGAUAUGAGAUUCUUGUUAUUUAUGGCGCGGGAUUAGCCUCAUGUAUCUAGCUUUAAAUAUGGUACGAGAGUUGUGUUUUUGAUUAAUUGAAAUUGUAUAUUGUGGCAACUGUAGGGUGACGCCAGUCUAAAAGCGCCAUCUGUUUCUACUAUUCCAAUAUUUGUGAAUGUCUAAAUUGAAUAUUGCAAAUAAAUGAAUUUAUGAAAUUUGA